GUUAGAAAUUCUCUUUUUCUUGGUUUUAUUUUUGUAUUAAUUGUUCUUCUCUCCAUUUCCGUGGAACAAACGGAUGAAUUAAGGUGAAUUCCUGAAAUAAAGGCGGAGGUUAAUGGACAGCAACUGAAGCUGAUUGUGAGCAGUCCCGAGAGCAUCGUCCAUCCAUUCACAUUCCUUUUCCCCUACUUCAAAUAUUCAUCCAACCAACUGCCUUUCACGUAUUCAAACCCAUCUAAAAAAACAAUCAUCCAUCACAGUUUUUCCUUGUCUCUGUCUUUCUGUAAUUUGUAGAAGAAAAUAACAAUGUCGUGGCAAACAUAUGUUGAUGAACACUUGAUGUGUGACAUCGAUGGGCAGGCGGGCCUCCGCCUUUCCGCCUCCGCCAUCCUUGGUCACGAUGGCGUUGUCUGGGCUCAGAGCUCCUCCUUCCCUCAGUUCAAGCCAGAUGAGAUCAACGGCAUUCUGACUGAUUUCAACGAACCAGGUCAUCUCGCCCCAACUGGUCUCUUCCUUGGAGGAACUAAGUACAUGGUGAUUCAAGGAGAGCCUGGAGCAGUCAUUCGUGGCAAAAAGGGAUCUGGAGGCAUAACUAUUAAGAAGACAGGUCAAGCACUAGUCUUUGGUCUAUAUGAGGAGCCUGUGACACCAGGACAAUGCAACAUGGUUGUUGAGAGGUUGGCAGAUUAUCUCAUUGAUCAGGGCCUCUAGGCUAAGAUUACUAUCAAUUUAAUUCUUCAUCGAUCUGCGAUGAUUAGUAGAGUAUAUUUCUUACGUAUCCACUUUCUUGAAGCCGGCUGCGUGUUCUUCUGAGGUACGAAUUAGGUGGAGUGGACAAUAAGAGGAACGCGCGUUUUCAGUCAUUUUGAAACUUAGAAUUAUUUCUAUUGUCAUGUACUUUACUUCUAUGUUUUCUGUAGUGUUAUCAGCUGAUGAAGUUUCUCUCAGCUUAUUUCCAGUCUGAACUAAUCUCCAUGAUUCUGGUGAAGGCCUGAACCUUUGUAGCAUUUUAAUAUUCUCAUCAUUGAAGGGCCAUGAAUGUAAUGGACUUCUUUCUGAUUUGUGUUAAUUUUGUUCCUAAUAGAACUUGGGAUAUUAUUUUUUGAAUUCA